GUCCACUUCAGAUAUCUCUGUUGCUCAUCGACUUGCCCGAGAUAUUGAUACUGGUAUGCUAUGGGUUAACACGUGGAUGGAGAGGGACCUCAACACACCUUUUGGAGGAGUCAAACAAAGUGGCCUUGGUCGUGAAGGCGGAGAUUACUCUAUGAACUUCUAUUCCAAAGAAAAAGAUGUCACCAUGAGUUUGUC